GUUCUACAAAACUGUUCUCUAAGAGGACUUGAAAUUUGGCGUUCCGCCCGAGGCUUGCCCCAAACCCCGUAGAAUGCUAAAACCCCCGCGGUUUUAACCGCGAGCCGAGACUAUUGCGCUUGCCUACAGAGGGACUUCGCCACCGCUGUCCCCUCUCCUCUCCCAUCUCCUCUCGUUCCAUCCCUUUCCUCUCCUCCCUCUCGCCAUGGCAGAGCCGGUGAGGCUUCGCCUAGAGUUCGAGGACCGCCACCUGCUGACCAAGUCCCACAGGUCGGAGGGGCUGAGGCGCUGCUGGGUACUCCUGAGGUCCGAUCUCGCCACCGUCGGCGACCUCGCCGACCACCUCGCCGACUGCUUCGCCCUGCAGAGAUCUUGCCCCCAUGGCCUUGUCCUCUCUAUGGAUGAAUUUGUUCUGCCUUCAUUUGAGUCAACUUGCAUUUUCAAAGAUAAGGAUAUCCUCAGGGUGCAAAGGAAGGGUGGUAAACAGACGCAGGUUGUUGAAAUACAUGAUGCAUAUCGCACUAAAGAUUCUGAGAGUAUGGACAAGCAACCAAAACUGUCAAAUGAUAAGCUUCUGACAAUUAAAGAUUUUCAAGACAGUUCAGGUGGAUACAAAAACAAAAAUGAGGAGGACUGGUUUGCUCUUGAAGAGAAUGCAAUCCUUAAGCAAACUCCAUCAAGUGAGGGUGCACAUUCAAAUAAAAAAAGAAAGCAAUCAGAUAAACCUCAGAGCUCAAAGAGAAAGAAAAUAAAACUGACCAGUCCUGAAAUGCCAAUUACUACCACUGCACAAGAUGAUCAUGUCCAAGCAGAGCAGAAUCAGAGCUCUUUUUGUAAGAAAAAUCGUCAGAAAAGUUUAGAUAGGACAGCUAAGCCAUCAAAUGGAGAUGACAGUUCGGAUAUGCUGAUCGCCCCUCGAAAUGAUACUGGUGUCGGGAAGAAAACUAGUUCUGUACCAACAGUAGAGAGGCAUGAUCCACUUGAGGGGAAUCACAGAAGGAAAACAUGCACAUAUGCUGAUAGUAGCGCGAAAAUGUCUCCAAGCAGAAGUACUCGUCAUAAGAAGGCCAAAAGAGAGUGGCGAUGGAAAAUGUGGGAAAUGGCUAAUCACCAAAUGAAAAAGGAUAUGCAGAUCCAGGUGCCAACAAAUGACAUAGAUGGUACAUCAGCAAAAUAUCAGACAGUGGAUGAGAUCACUAAAGCGGAGGAUGAAAUUGUUCCUAUCAUAGUUCGACCUGGUCACAUUCGUUUUGAAACUUUAGAUGCAGAGCAGAGCAAAUUGCCAUCAAAUGGACCAGUGGAAACUCUGCAGUGGCAUGGAACUACCAGCAAGAAGAAGGGGCAGAAGUGGGGCAGGGAGAAGACCUUAAGCAGGAAGAAUGAGGAUAAUUCUUGUACUGGAGCAUCUAAUGAAAAAACUGUUGCAGAAGAAGAAAAUGUAGAUGGCCAUAUAGAUUUUGAGAGCCUUUAUCCUUUAACACGCCUUCCUCAGGAAGGUGACGUGCUUGUGUAUCGAUUAGUUGAGUUAUCAUCGUCAUGGUGCCCUGGGCUUUCUCCUUUUCGAGUCGGAAAAGUUUCAUCAUAUGAUUCCGUAUACAAGAAAAUUGUUUUGGUAACUGUCCCAGAAUACCCACUUUUUUUCAAUGAAAAGAACGGCAUAGAGGAAUCGGCACAGCAACCAGACGUUUCACAUUACAGAGAAGAUGGCUCUUUGGAGAUCGAAUAUCCAUCACUCCUUGAUGUUCGUUUAUUGAAGCCAAAUGAGUCAAAAACCGAAAAUGUACAUACUCUUCAAGGCGGAAGGACCAUGGCAGCAGCACCAUUAAACAAUUGGGAAGCCUCCUUGGCUAAAAAUAAUGCUGCAAAGUCAGUUACCCCUCUUGCAGAAAGAAGACCUAAUAUGGGCUGGGAGCAAUUUGAACAGGCUUUAACUGAGAAAAGGGCUGAGCUUCAGCAAAACAAUGGUUGGGAUAGUUGGACCUCAAAUAAAAACACCAGCACUACCUCAUCGUCAUGCAGAUCUUUGAGUGGAAGUGCCCUAGGUCCAACUCUUGCAUUAUUAAGAGGAAAAGAGGCCAAGUAUGCUAGCACAAGAAAUGUUAAGGAUGCUACUUCAAACAGGAAGUAUGCAGGUUCAAAUGGGAAGUACGCUAAUUCAAAGGGCUAGUAUUCCAGUUCAACAAGUGGUAAGUACAGUGGCUCAACAAGAAGAUGGUAAGCAUGAGGGGUUUUAUGUGGCAGGGUUUGCAAGUAUGCUAAUACAAAGAUACUUUGUAGGUUAUAGACUCGAGAGUAUUUUGAACUUUUUUAAAAUGAGGAGAUCCAUGUAAUUACCCUGUAUCCAACUUGGCAAUUUACAAAGUGCUGGUUUGCUUCUCAGCUCUUUCUUUAGUA